CUCUCUCUCUCUAGAUUUUUGGAGGAGUUUUUGUUCUUGGCCAUCACUUUCUCUCUCUUUAUCGUUAGAGAGAGAGAAACAGGUUCGAUUGAGAUUGAUGGGUUUAUUAAUCGAGGAUGAUAACGACGACGGCGAGGUUUUGAUUCCGCCGGCGAAUUUCUCGAUGGUGGAAGACGGAGUUUACCGAUCUGGGUUUCCUCAGCUCGAGAAUUUCGGUUUCUUAUCGACACUCAAUCUUAAAUCCAUCAUUUAUCUGUGUCCUGAACCAUACCCUGAGGAGAAUCUAAAGUCUCUUCAAUCCAACAAGCUUUUCCAGUUCGGUAUCCAAGGCAAAACGGAUCCUCCAACUCCUAUGCCAAAGGAUACAGUCUUGAGUGCUCUUAGAGUACUUGUUGGUAAGGAAUCAGAAGAGAGAUCCUUUGAUGUCUUAGUAUCUUCUCUCUUUUUGAUCUCUCAUUUAGUUUCUUCCUUUUGUUUGGGUACAGAUGUUAGAAACCAUCCAAUUCUCAUCCACUGUAAGCAAGGAAAGCAUAGGACAGGUUGUCUUGUGGGAUGCUUGAGGAAAGUGCAGAACUGGUGCUUAUCAUCUGUUCUCGAGGAAUACCAGAAGUGUGCGGGGUUGAAAUGGAGACAAAGAGAUUUAAGGUUCAUAGAGGAGUUCGAUGUGCACGGGUUAAGGCAAUGUCUGUACAGCAUAAUCUACCAGUACAAUGGUUAUGGUCUGAAGAGGAGAAAGUUGCUGUAUCAGGAAGAGAAUGUUGUUGUCCAAGAACAGCACAAACCUCAAGCCACCAAAGGGUGGUGAACAGAAGUUUUGAAAUCGGAGGAUUAUAUCGUUAUCUCUUUUUAGAUUCUCUAUACUACGUCUACAACAGAGGGAUUUGAUCUUUUUCUUUUACAGCCUAGAGAAAUUUACAGAUUGGAUUCCUUAAGAAACUAACAACACAUGUCGAUUUUGUUUUGUUUAAAUUAUUAUUAGUCAAGUCA